AUGAAUUUGGACGGCAAAAAGACGAACAUUUACGGAAGGAUCAAUACGCAGCCGUUGGAGAGAUGUCGAGUCAACUUUUGCACGGACAUGGAAAAAUCUGUGCUAAUGAGCAACUUCGAACGACGCGGCUGGAACCAGGUGGGUCCGGACGACGAAUGGAACUUCUACUGGUCCUCAACUCAAACUUGUAGAAACUUAUUCAGCGUGGAAAGCGGCUACCGAAUGAACGAUAACCAAAUAAUCAAUCAUUUCCCCAAUCACUACGAACUUUCGAGAAAGGAUUUGUUAGUAAAGAAUAUUAAGAGGUACCGCAAAGAAUUGGAGAGGGAGGGGAACCCUUUGGGAGAGAAAGCUGAGGUGGUCCUACCGGGUGGACAAUUAGUGACAAGGUACGUUCAUCUAGACUUUAUACCUGUGACCUUCGUCCUCCCUGCUGAUUACAACAUGUUCGUCGAGGAGUACAGGAAAUCACCACAGAGCACUUGGAUCAUGAAACCCUGUGGGAAAUCACAGGGAACCGGAAUCUUUUUAAUAAACAAACUAUCGAAGCUGAAAAAGUGGUCCCGCGAGGCAAAAGCGCCGUUCCACCCGCAGUUGAGCAAGGAGAGCUACGUUAUAUCUCGCUACAUAGACAAUCCCCUGCUAAUAGGCGGCAAGAAAUUCGAUCUGAGAUUGUACGUGCUAGUUACGUCCUUCCGCCCGCUAAAGGCUUACCUCUUUCAGCUCGGCUUCUGUAGAUUCUGCACGGUGAAAUAUGACACGAGUGUGACGGAAUUGGACAACAUGUACGUUCACCUCACUAAUGUGAGUGUGCAGAAGCACGGCGGAGAUUACAACAGCAUUCACGGCGGGAAAAUGAGCGUCGAAAAUUUGAGGUUAUUUUUGGAGGGAACGCGCGGGAGAAGCGUCACUGAGAAGCUCUUUGCAGCUAUACAAUGGCUGAUUGUGCACUCUUUAAAGGCGGUUUCCUCGGUUAUGGCCAACGACAGACACUGCUUCGAAUGCUACGGGUAUGAUAUAAUAAUCGAUAACCAAUUAAAACCCUGGCUGAUCGAGGUGAACGCUUCCCCGUCACUGACUUCGACCACCGUUAACGACCGAAUCAUGAAAUAUAAAUUGAUUGACAAUAUUUUGUCGGUGGUUUUGCCCCCUGAGGGGACGCCGGAUGUGCGUUGGAGCAAGAUCCCGAGUCAGGACGCCCUCGGUAAUUUCGAUUUGCUCAUAGACGAGGAGCUAGUAGAAAAAGAGGAGGCUUCAAUCGCGCGGGCAUCGAAGCAUGGGAAAAGCAAGAAUUCGUGA